GCAGCCAAUGGCAGUGAGGCACAGAGUAUAUAUGCCCAGGGUCCUGAGCCAGACUUUUGGGUCACCUGUUGUGCUGGAGUAAGACAAGGCUUUGAUUCUCCCUGUCAGGACUCGUCCCGCCAACCGCCACCAUGCCUUUCGGAAAUACCCACAACAAGUACAAGAUGAACUUCUCAGCGGAGGAGGAAUACCCCGACCUCACCCACCACAACAACCACAUGGCCAAGGCUCUCAAACCAGAAAUGUACGCCGCUCUGCGGGGGAAGGAGACCUCCAGCGGUUGCACCCUUGACGAUUGCAUCCAGACAGGCGUGGACAACCCAGGCCACCCUUUCAUCAUGACCGUCGGCCUUGUGGCUGGCGAUGAGGAGUGCUAUGACAUUUUCAAGGAUCUCUUUGACCCCGUCAUCGAGGACCGUCACGGUGGCUACAAACCCACCGACAAGCACAAGACGGAUCUGAACCACGAGAACCUGAAGGGUGGAGAUGAUCUGGACCCCAACUACGUGCUCAGCAGCCGUGUGCGGACUGGCCGCAGCAUCAAGGGGUACACCCUGCCCCCCCACUGCAGCCGUGGGGAACGCCGUGCUAUUGAGAAGCUCUCCAUCACUGCCUUGAACAGCUUGACAGGAGAGUUCAAGGGCAAGUAUUACCCCCUGAAGAACAUGACGGACGCAGAGCAGCAGCAACUCAUCGACGACCACUUCCUCUUCGACAAGCCUGUCUCCCCCCUCCUGCUCGCCUCCGGCAUGGGCCGCGACUGGCCCGACGCCAGAGGCAUCUGGCACAAUGACAACAAGACCUUCCUGGUGUGGGUGAAUGAGGAAGACCACCUCCGCGUCAUCUCCAUGCAGAAGGGCGGCAACAUGAAGGAGGUCUUCCGGCGCUUCUGCGUUGGGCUUCAGAAGAUUGAGGAGAUCUUCAAGCAAGCUGGUCACCCCUUCAGCUGGAACGAGCACUUGGGCUACAUCCUGACCUGCCCUUCCAACCUGGGCACCGGGCUGCGUGGGGGCGUCCACGUCAAGCUGGCCCACCUCAGCAAGCACGCCAAGUUUGGGGAGAUCCUCAACCGUCUCCGCCUGCAGAAACGUGGCACAGGUGGUGUGGACACCGAAGCUGUGGGUGCCGUUUUCGACAUCUCCAACGCUGACCGCCUGGGCUCCUCGGAGGUGGAACAGGUGCAGCUGGUGGUGGAUGGCGUGAAGCUCAUGGUGGAGAUGGAGAAGAAGUUGGAGAAAGGCCAGGCCAUCGAUGACAUGAUCCCUGCGCAGAAGUGAGAGGCGCCGCCCAGCGCUCGGCCAUCCCUGCGUGGGCUAGGGCUCGGACUCCAGGAGGGUGACCCCAACCCUGCCACUCCUGGCUGCAGCCCCCCAGCGCCCUCCUCUCUCCUGCCAAGGGGAGGCGAGGGCCUGGAGGGCAGCUGCCCCUUAGGUCAGCUGGACAGCUCCUGUCACCGGAGCCUUUGUGGACGGAGUUAAUAAAGCUCAUGAUGGGCCCCAGAGCCUUGCCU